AUGGCCCGUGUUCAUAUGUUCAAGUCUUCUGUUGAUAAGCAGAACAAAGAUGUAAACUUACCGCAAGAGACUCCCGCCCCACCUUCCGUUAUAGACAAUACCACCACCACAGAAGAAACUUCCUUGGACAUUACAGCUGCUGAUGCGCAAUCACCUAAACAAAACAACACAUUGUCUCAACUGCAUCGCACCGAAAGUGCGGCUCUCACUGCGGCUCUGUUACAAAAGGCCUCUUCUGAUAUGGAUGUUGCUGGUGCUGUUGCAGCUGUAUUAUCUGCCAAGCCAGACAUGCUGAAUGACUCAUCUCAACAACAGUUUUUGUCUUCAUUACAACAACAACAACACGAUAAGAGCGAACACCAAGAUGACACAAGCACUAGUUCUCAACAAAACAACGUCUCAACUGCUCCUGACAUGCAUCAUCCACCGGAGACUAUGAUUGCAAUGAGAGGUAAUGAGAAAUCAGAGACGACCACAGAGUUCAUGGAUCAAGCCGCAGCUGCCACGGCACUGCAAUUACUGGGUCUUGCACAGCAAAACAAUAUGAAUUCAGCAAACAGCAGCCCUCUCAAAUCGAAUACUACCUUAUCGCAGCCCGUGAGUCAAGCAGAUACCUUGAAGAUGGAUUACGCAUCACCUACUACAGGCCAAUACCAAGUAUCACCUGAAAGCAAUGUGAUGAUGAUUGCCAACUAUCCUACACUGGGCUCUCCUAACACCACACAACCCACUGCUACCCCCCACACUACUGCUACUACCACCACCACAGCGACAGCCGAUACACCAGCUCCUGAAGAUGUCAAUCAAAAGAGAGGUGCUUGGACACGUGAAGAGGAUGAUUUACUACUGGCUGGUAUAAAGAAAUUUGGGUACGGUAGAUGGAAGGAGAUUGCUAGCAUUAUUCCCGGUAGAAAAGGCAAACAACUGAAACAGCGAUGGGAUAAUACGUUAGCAGCGAAAUACGUAGAUCAGGAGUGGUUGCAGAGCAAGAUAAAGGAUGAAGGAGGAAUGAGCAGUAUGAAGAGCGGUGUUCCCGCCUCAGCGAUAAGUAGAACCAAUAAAUCAAAGAACAAGACUUCACCACAAGCAACCAAAGCAGUAACAAACACUGCCCCUCUUCAUACGCCAGAUAUCACAGAUUGGACGAUGAUUGCGCAAAGAAUAUCCGAAAAAUUAAGGGAUGGCGAUCAUGGUGCGUUGGAAGCAUUGAUCUCUCAAGCACUGAUCAACUCACUUCAGGCGACCAAUGCCGCCGCAUCUACAGCGACUCCUGCUGCAAGCGCCACCAAUGCAGCAAACCCUAUCAACAGCACUGUCCAAAACAUACUCAACUAUUCUGAUCCCUCCCUCCUGCUAUUUCCACAACAAUUACCGCAACAACAACAAAAAUUACAGCAAUUGCAGCAGAAACAAUCACAGCAAUCAUCAGCAAAUGCAGCAGCAACUGGCAGUGUGGAUUCGAGCAAUCAAAAUCCAUUUUAUAUACCUGCUCUUCAGCAACAGGCACAACAAAGUCAGCAGCAACAACAGCAGCAGCAGCAGCAACAAAAUCAAGAGCAACAGAGCCAGCAAGUAGUAGUGCCACCCAGUUCACAAGCAACAAAGAAACGUAGAAGAUCUGAUCCUGCUCUCGCGAAUACCCAAAGUGAUGCCAUGAACAUUUAUGCCUCUGCUCAACCCAUUACAACCACAGUGAACAACCAAACGCAAACCUAUUAUCCAUGCCUAUUUCCUGACUGCGGUAAAACAUUUGCCAGACUGUAUAACCUCAAAAGCCAUUCAAGAACACAUACAGAUGAUAGACCGUUUGUGUGCAAUGUGUGUCAUAUUGCUUUCAGCAGAAAUCAUGACCUGAAACGACAUGGCAAGAUUCAUGGUGGUGAUAAACCCUACCGUUGUUCAGGAUGCAGUAAGAGCUUUUCAAGGUUGGAUGCGUUGAAGAGACAUAAGAGUAAUCAAAGAAACAAGGCAACUUGUGUAAAUACAUCGCUUUCGCAAUAA